UAAAUUUGCAGCUUAUGGCAGAGGUUGUUAUCCGUCUGUCUCUCUCUCUCUCUGUACUUUCUAAAACUCUCUUUUUCUUUCUUUUCCAUCCCAUAGAGAGAGAUGCAGAGCAACAACCACCACCACCUCAAUAACAACAACACCAACCUGGAUCUUUGCCUUCUAAUCCAUUUCGUUCUUGUUUUUUAUUUUUAUUGAUAGAUAUUGGGAACCCAGUUUUUGCCGUUAAAUCUUCGUUUUUUUUUUGUUUUUUUUUGGCUAUCUUUUUUACUGGUCUGGGACUGGCUUAAACUUGAAGUUUCAUAUAGAGAAACAAAGAAAUGGCCUUUUCCGCCGGAAUUUUGAUUGCCGGCGUUAUGCUGCUGGCGGCGGUGUUGGCGGUGGGUGCUUUUCAGAUGACCCUGAAGUUGGAGAGAGCUUUUCCUGCGAGCCAUAGAGUGGAAUUGAGUGAGCUUGUAUUGAGGGACAAGGUUCGCCAUGGAAGAAUGUUGCAGUCUUCGGGUGGUGUGGUUGAUUUUCCUGUACAGGGGACCUUCGAUCCGUUUGUCGUUGGGCUAUAUUUCACGAGAGUUCAAUUGGGUUCUCCUCCAAAAGAUUUCUACGUGCAGAUUGAUACCGGAAGUGACGUUUUAUGGGUCAGCUGCGGUUCCUGCAAUGGUUGCCCUUUAUCAAGUGGACUCCAAAUUCCGCUUAAUUUCUUUGAUACUGGGAGCUCAUCAACAUCAACUUUGGUCUCCUGUUCAGACCAAAGAUGUGGUCUUGGAGUUCAGUCAGCAGAUUCCAUCUGCUCUACUCAGAACAAUCAGUGUACCUACACAUUUCAGUAUGGAGAUGGUAGUGGGACAUCAGGGUUCUACGUAUCAGACUUAUUGCAUUUUGAUAUGAUUCUUGGGGGAUCUAUGAUCCAAAAUUCUUCUGCUCCUAUUGUCUUUGGGUGUAGCACCUUGCAGACCGGAGACCUAACAAAAUCAGAUCGAGCAGUCGAUGGGAUCUUUGGAUUUGGGCAGCAGGGCAUGUCUGUCAUCUCUCAAUUAUCUUCACAAGGAGUAGCACCAAAAGUGUUUUCCCAUUGCUUGAAAGGAAAUGAUGAGGGUGGAGGAAUAUUGGUUCUUGGCGAGAUUGUCGAGCCAAAUAUCGUCUAUAGCCCACUUGUUCCUGGACAGCCUCAUUAUAAUCUACAUCUGCAAAGCAUCAGUGUCAAUGGACAAAUAUUACCCAUUGAUUCAGCAGUAUUUGCAACAUCAAGCAACCGAGGAACCAUAAUUGAUUCUGGUACUACUUUGGCAUACCUUGCAGAAGAAGCUUAUGAUCCUUUUGUUGAUGCUAUUACUACUGCAGUUUCACAAUCUGUACGCCCUGUUCUUUCCAAAGGAAAUCAAUGUUAUUUGAUUACCACCAGUGUUGCUGAUAUUUUCCCUCAAGUUAGUUUGAACUUUGCUGGUGGUGCAUCCAUGGUUUUGGGACCUCAAGAGUAUCUUGUACAGCAGAAUUCAAUUGGUAGUGCUGCAGUUUGGUGCAUUGGCUUUCAGAAGAUUCAGGGUCAGAGCAUUACAAUUUUGGGAGAUGUUGUCCUAAAAGACAAAAUCUUUGUUUAUGAUUUGGGCGGUCAACGGAUUGGAUGGGCUAACUAUGACUGUUCGAUGUCGGUAAACGUGUCUGCAACUAGUAGAACUGGGAGAAGUGAAUAUGUGAACGCUGGGCAACUCAGUGAUGGCAGCUCAAUUCACAAUGAACCAUACACGUUGUUAUUAGUCAGCAUAAUGGCUUCCAUCUUGCACGUAACAUUUCCGAGUAUCUUCCAGUUUUUGUAGCAUUUGGUGCCAAGAAACAGAAAUGGAACCAAUUUCUACCAUUCUUUGUUCCAUUGUGUAUAUUGUUACAUUGCUGGUUCAUAUUUAUACAACCGGCCCCACAUAAUGUUAUUUUAUUCACUGGCUGUGGCUGUUGUCUAAUAGACCUGGCUUCUCUAGGUCUUCCUUCCGAGUGCUUCUUUCGAUUUCCAUUUUUUUUUUUUGCCUUUGUUUGUAAUUAGUUGCCCAUGUAGAAUUAGAUGUUCUAUAGCCAGAGCUUGUAAAUUACAUUUAUACACAAAAGAUUGUUAAAUAGCAGAUUUUGAUGAUUACGAAAA